UUUUUUUUUGUAACACUCGGGUUGGUUUACAGUUUUGGCGUCACACAGCGAGUGCUCAUUCAACGUGGAUUUGCGAGCGCUAGUGUGCUGGGAUGGGUUAGUGCAAUAACAGUGGUCUACUCGCCGCUGCUUGCUAUUCCACUGCAAAUGCUCGUCCUUCGCUGGGGGAACAGGAUCACAGGACAGGUCGGCGCCAUUCUUACGGGUACAGGAUACAUCGCCACUUCUUUUUGCUUUUCUCAGCAGUCUAAGGGAGCUUCGAAGCUGGCGCCUCUGUUCCUUGCCCAGAGCCUGUUUGGGGUAGGAUACGCUUUCGUCUUUUGGUCUUGCAACUCCAUCGCUGCCCAGUGGUUUCCUGCACGGCGUGUCGGACUAGCCAUCGGCAUCGUGUACGCUGGGAGCGGCCUCGGCGGUGCCUUCUUCUCCAUUCUGCUCUCGCAACUUGUCGAGCGCAUUGGCCUCGAGAAUGCACUGAGGGCCUACGGCGCACUUGCUUUGGGAACGCUGGUGCCUGCGAGUGCGUUUUUGAAGACAAGGCAGGCAGAGAGGGGUCAGGAGAUGAAGAUCCACUGGCACCUCGCGAGGGACCGAAAAUUCAGCUUUCUGUUCGGCGCGACCUCACUCGUGACAUUUAGCCUCUUCGUGCCGCCUUUUUUCCUACCAACAUACGCGUCUUCCGCUGGCUUUUCGCCUAAUGUGGGCGCAUGGCUUGUAGCCGGCUACAAUCUCAGCAGCGCCGUGGGGCGUAUCCUCUUCGGCAUCCUCUCUGAUAGCCUCCUUGGGCCCGUGACGACGCUGACGCUCUGCAUCUUUCUCUUUGGAGCGACGAUCCUCUCGAUCUGGCUGCUAGCAGCGUCCUCGCUCGUACCACUCAUCGCGUUCAUCCUACUGAAUGGCGCCGCGGGCGGAGCGCUGCUCUCGCUGCAGCCAGCUGUCAGCGCAAGUGUUUGGAGCGAACAUGGCGGCACCGGCGGCGGCGGAGGAGGUCGAGGAGAAAUGCAGAGCGUGCUAGCUAUGACCACGUCCGGCCGCGUCUUUGGCAGUUUGCUCGGUGCACCGCUCGCAGGGUACCUUCUCGACACGUUCGGUGGCGCCGGGUUCGGCACUGGCGCGUACAGACCUGCACUGCUCUUCGUUGGAUGCAUCUCGUUCUUGGCAUGCGCGAGCCUCUACGGACUGCGGUGGAGCGUUGUUGGCUGGUCCAUCAAGAAACGCGUCUGAGAGGAAGAGGAGGAAGUGCGGGAUGUUUUGAUUGCUGUUGGCUGUUGUACCA